AUGAGGGUAAUGAACGAGGCAAUGCACGUAGCGUAUGAAGGAGAAUUAUUUGUGCAAAUUUUUGAACGUGCCAAAUCUUUACACCCAGAUUUCUCAACCAAGGUCAAACCGAUACAAGGAGAAUGCUACGAAAGUUAUCUAGGUAUUUCAGACAGCGAUCGAGCAUUGAUCGAAAACCAGGUUGAAAUCAUAUUCCAUGUAGCUGCCUAUGUCAACUUUAACGCACCUUUACGAAAAGCAGGCUACAUCAACGUCAGAUCUUUGGAUCAUUUAUUCGAUAUAGCCAAAGAAAUGAAACAUUUGAAGGCUUUUGUGUACGUCUCUACAGCAUUUUCACCAAGUACAGAAACGAAUUUCAUCGAAGAAAAAUUCUACCACCCACCUCUGAACUCUCGCAAAUUAUUAUCUAUGUUAGACGAUCUAGACGACGCGGUUCUCGAUGAAAUUACGCCCAGUUUGAUGAAAUCGUAUUCUAAUCGAUACAUAUUUACAAAAUUAAUCGCCGAAGAUUUAUUUCGAGAAAGAGCUUCCGGAUUACCUGCCUGCAUUUUCAGACCAUCGAUAGUUUUACCCUGUUACAAAGAACCUCUACCAGGCUGGAUAAACAACGCUUACAGUGUAAUCGCCAUCACGCUCGGUUACGCCCUCGGUAUUCUAAAAGUUGUGCGUGCAAACGCAUCUUUCAGAGCUUGUAUGGUUCCAGGAGAUUACAGCACCAAUGCUUUAAUUCUAUCGGCGUAUUAUACCAGUAAAUCGUGGCAGCAGGAUAAAUCAUGGGAGAAAUUUCAAUUCGACGUACCGAUAGUUAAUUACAGCAAUUGCACCACCAAGUUCAGAAUUACGUGGGAGAUUUUCAAAAUCCAAGGAAUUAAGGCCACGGAGAAAUACCCUUUUUACGAUAUGCCACCUCUCAGGUUUCAGAGAAUAUAUCAGAAAGUGCACAAAUUUAUGGACGUUAUGGUACCCUUCUCUACGAGAGAAUUGACUGUAUCUACUCGCAACAUCAAUGAAAUAUGGGAAACGUUGUCGAAAAAGGACAAGAAAUUAUUUUACUGCAAUUUGGAUGAUAUAAACAUAGAUGAUUAUUCCGAUGUGAUCGUUCGAGGUGUUCGUUUGUAUUUAGCCAAUGAUAAAGAAGAAACCAUAUCUAAAGCCAGACGAAAACUCUUCGUGUAAACUUCUCGCUCAUUAUUUUUCAUUUUUAGUUGGAAAUUUUGUGUAAUUGUUUGUUUUUUUUUCAGAUUACGUAUUUUAUACUUUGCCGGUGUCUUAUUUUUUGUCCUGCUGUUUUGGUACUUCUUGAGAGUGUUUUUUUGAUAAGCGU